AAUCAAAAGGUGCUUUAAAAGUUGCUGAGAUAAAUCGAAUUUUGAUCAUUGUUUAUAUUCAAUCUGUGCUAAAAACAUCUCUUAUUUUUUCUCUUAUGGUGCUUUACUUUGCUGCAACUUUAAGACCUUCACUGCCAGGAAGCCUAUACUUCUGUAUGUUUAUAAUAGCUGGCACCUAUUGGGCACUUUAUCGCCAACGAAAAAUGUACUAUUCUGUUAUAUUUAUGGUUGUGGCGCUUUUAGUACAUAUAACAUGCAUAUUUGCUUAUCAAUUGCCAAUUUUGCAAAGCUCAAUUAAUUGUGAUAAAUUUUGGACCAGGCUUAUGGGAAUGGAAAUUUUAUUUCGCCUUUUUAAAGAUAAUAAGAAUGGAAAAAUAAUGGAAUUAAAUGCUCAACUAAAUUUGGAUUCAUAUUUAAGCCCUAUUGCUUUAAUGUUGGCUUACUUUGCAACAACGCUAAGCCUUAUAAACCGUUCACAAUACGAGAUAACAUUCAACACGAUUCGAAUGAAUUUAGGACCCAAAACCAAUAAUAUAUAUUCUAAUAAACAACCUCCAAACGAGGAAAAUCAAGAAAUAUCGAUUGACAUGAAACCUUCAAUGCUUGAACAAUUCUUUUAUAUACUUUGUGAACUCACAUCAUUUGUUUACCAAAAUAGCUACAUAUUACUUAAUAUCAUAAUGAUGAGCUGCGGACUAAACCUGGAACAAAUUGGUUUUGUUCAUCCCCAAAAUAAGGACAGUCAGCCUUGGAUUCCUUUGACUGUGAAAACUGGAUUCCUACUUGUGUUUUGGGUAACUUCGCGGCAAUAUUUUAGAGAAAAAUCUCUGGCUCAGCAGAAAAGUGACUUACUGCAACAAAUCUUUGGAACUCAUCCCUCUCGCUCAAAAUAUCUACCUUAUGAAAAGUCCAAAACCCCCCAAAUCUGUAUAUAUAUCUUAAAAAGCGCAUCAAAUUUUAUAACGCGGAUAUGGAUGUGGUUGUUGAUAUUUUUAAUUUUCUUAUGUGCCAUGAUUGAUCGUACCAUGACUGGAUUUCGAAUAUGCUACAUGUCACUGUUUUUACUGUUUCUGAUGAUUUUCCAAAUGUCUUUACAGUUGUGGAUUAGGUUUCUUUACGGAUUCUGGAUGUUUUUAAUUUUUUAUGCAAUGACUAUACUAACAGCUAUUUAUACCUAUCAAUUCGAUAAUUUUGACUACUAUUGGGAGAAAUUCCUCAAAGUACAGCCAACACUGCAAUGCGAUAUAGGCUUAAGACGUUACCAGACAAAGGAACUGUUUUUACAUCUUCUUAUACCAACACUGACAGUUAUUUUUACUGUAGUUCAGCUCCAUUACUUUCACCGACGCUUUGUGGAGUCUGUGCGUCGUCCAAGAUCUACUGAAAGUCAAAAUUCCCAUUUGGCAUUUAAUGCAGAGACUCUCGCUUCACAAAAAACGCUGGAUAUACACAGACAGUCAUGGAAAGUAUUCUUCAAUGCCGGCUAUGAAAAUGUACGUGCAAAGGGACGCCAAUUGUUUAGUCCAGGGAAGCUAGUGGUUUGGAAAUUUUUGGAAAUGCAUAUGAUAAAGACAGUUACCGUGGCUUCUUUUUAUUCUGCAAUUUCCGAAGUUUGUUUUUUAAAUGUAUUUCUGAUGAUUUUGUCUUUGUUGGGCAUUUGUGGUAAUCGUUUUCUUAGGCGUAUUAUUUUUAGAACUGUAACAUUUUGGAUUUCAUUGUUGGUGCUUAUGAAAAUGAUCUAUCAAAUUAAGUACAUGGAUCAAAGCAAUUACAAUUUUAACUGCAGAAACGUCACAUUCAACUUUGCAGAUUGGAUGGGCUUGCGAAAAACUGGAACAGUGUUUGGUGUUCACCUGCGCUAUAUAUCACCGUAUAUUAUUUACAUGAUUCUGACGUCCUUGCAUGCAGUUGUAAAGCUUCGGAACCAUUUAAUAAGGUACUCGAUUAAUGAACAAAAGGACAGGAAACUCUUAUUUCCAGAUAUAACAAGACAGGAUGCGGAGCGCGAUUUUCCAGGGUUGUUAAAAUAUGUACUUAAUUAUGGCUUUUUUAAAUUUGGUUUCGAAAUUACUUUGAUUGGAUUGGUGUCAACAAUUGCUCACAGGCGAGAUCUUCUUGCCUUGACUUAUUUAAUAUGGCUAGUUCUUUUAUUGAGCCUUAGUCGGUUUCGUUGUGCACGUAUUUGGGAAAUUUUACAGAUUUAUUUUGUUUUAUCUAUUUUUGUUCAAUAUGUGUACCUCCUAACGUUUCCUCCCAACCUUUGCAAAGUAUAUUCGUAUAAGUCGCUUUGGGACACAUCGGAUUCUAAAAACUAUAAAAAUAGGUCAAAUAUUAUGUUUGACUAUAUAGUUCUCUUGCUAAUUUCACGGCAGCGAAAAUCGUUUAGGGUAGAGAUGAGGCAUAUAAAUGAUUUAUCUUACCGAGGUGGCGUUAAUACUAACGUUGUAAGCAAUAUAGCAAAGUUGGGUCAUGUGUAUUUUGAAAACCCAACUCACGACUUUUGUUCAUACGUACGUAACUAUGCGGAUGUUUUUAAAACUGCAAUAUUUUUCAGUUUCUUUUGGAUAACUCUCGCUAUUGUAUUUCUCGGCGGCGUUUGUAGUACGGACAUUCUUUCUUUAGGCUACAUUAUAUUUGCUUUGAUCUUUUUAUUGCAGGGCUCCGAAAUAUACCUGCAAAAUAUUCACUUUAUUAUUUGCCGUUGGAACUGUCUAAUUGCUUUUAAUAUUUUAAAUAUUAUGGUUAAAGUUGCUAUUAUUGUUCUUGAAGGUACAAUAGUAAUUGAAAAAAAAUCCAUAUUAAGUAUUGUUUUUAAUGUCAUGCAUCAAACGGCACCGUGUGAAAACGUUAAUGACAACAAAAUAUCUGAAAUUAAUGAGAUAACAAAGAAAAAUCUGAAGUACUGCUAUGGCCCAAGCAAUCUAAUUUUUAGGAAUACUUUAGUGUGGCAUGUGAUUAUUUUUUCUUUUGUUAUUUUUCAACAUCGAAUUUUUCGAUCAUAUUAUUUUUGUCACGUAAUUAUGGAUACGCAAGCUAAUACUAUUCUUGCUUCCAGAGGAGCUACCAUAAUUGAAAAUUUGCAUUACAAACAAAUUUAUGACCGUCGGAAAAAUGAAAAAAAUGUAUUGGAUAGCGUAAAAAUGAAGAUGGAACAAAUUCGAACGACCAAUCGAAGACAUCAUAAACAAAUGACUGGAUUGGAUUUUCAUCCCCUCCAUCAGCCUCCAAGGAACUCCAUUCAUGUGCACGGUAGGGAAAAAGAAAAUACGGUACUCAAAACUUUGGAUAAUGAGUUCUUACCCACUAUCAAACAAGCUGAAAGGGACACAUAUUUUAGUCGUUCCCUCAAACCGAGACACCGAAACCUAAGCCUUCACCCACAUGCAGUUCGCACUGGUGAUUAUUAUAUGUUUAAUGAAUUUGACGACGAAGAUGAUUUGGAUGUGUAUGAAGAAUAUGAUUUCUUGGAAAUAGAAGACUUACGCGCUCGACAAAUACGUCAGUCUUUCAGGUCCAGGGCAAGCAAUUAUAAUAAAAGCAAAUCGUUCCUAUGUCACGAAAAUUCUGACUAUAAUAAUAAACUACUUGAAACUCAUCCGGUAAUAACACUCACUUCAGAACUUAUUAUUUUACUCACUUUCAAAUUAAAUCGUCUAUCAAAAAAUUUUCGAUUUGUACAUAAGAUGCUCUCUGCUGAGAAAAAAAAACUACAGGAAAUUAAUAUUAUGAAACGGCUGGGAUUGUCAAAUACUGCAGCUAUGUUCAAAUUUUUAAAUAAAUCUUUAAAUAAUCAAUUAUCAAGAGAGGCUAUUUCGGAUUUGGUCUCACAAGGCGAUGAUUUUACUACUUUUGACCAUAAUGACUUUGUUCAAAUGUUAAUUGCUUUAUGGUAUGCACUUAUUGCCAAUACUGAGGCAAUAUGCUACUUGGUGGUGUUUCUGAAUCAAGCUGCUAAUUCAUCUAUGAUUUCAUUGCCAAUGCCUUUUUUAGUUCUGUGUUGGGGUGCUUUAACAUUGCCCCGGCCAACUAAAACUUUUUGGGUUACUUUGAUUACAUAUAAUUUGACGAUGAUAUUUUUAAAGUCUAUUAUGCAUCAGAGAGUAUUACUUGACCAGCAGCUUUUUAACAGAUCAAAUUCAUUGAGCUUUGAACUAAUUAUGAAGCGUGGGAGAGCUGUUUACGAUCUUUUUUUACUUGUUGUAUUAUUUUGGCACCAGUAUAUGCUAAAGAAGCAAGGCAUUUGGACAAUUCAACGUACAAACUCGGAGUUAUUAUUACUGGAAAAACACCCGAGCCACUAUAAUCGCAGCUUUAGCAAGGAGAGACCUGAGAAUAUACGAAAACUCUUAAGGGAAGAGGGGGGUGACGAGCCAAAAAAAGGAAUGCGUUCUGACACAAUUGACUUCGAGAGAGACAUGGAUGAUUUACUUCUACCAGUUUUGGAAAACAAAUAUGUGUAUCAAAAUAUUGAAUCCGAAUAUUAUCGCAAAACAAUGCAAGGAUUAGCGCAUAAAGGUGGCUUAUUAUCCGGAUUCCAUAAAUUUUUUUUAGCGCUGCGACAUAAGUCACGAUUGUCUACUGAUGUUUACACGUUAUUAUUUCUCUGUGAUUUUAUAAGCUUUUUCAUUUUACUGUUUGGAUUUCCUAAAUUUGUGUAUCGUUAUAAAUAUAGCACUAGUGUACUGGAGACGUAUAUUCAAGGAAACAAAGUUCCAUUUACAUUUCUUUUGAUGUUGAUCGUGCAGUUUAUUGCAAUUGUAACGGAACGCGCCAUUUAUCUACGAAAAGCACUUAUAUAUAAAAUAGUUUUUCACUUUAUCUCAGUUGUGGGAAUUCACUUUUGGAUGUUCUUCUUGGUACCUUAUAUAACAGCACACAGUUUUGGUGAAACUGCCCCAGUUUUAUUUUAUUUAAUAAAAUGCCUUCAUAUGUUACUCUCUGCAUACCAAAUAAGAUGCGGUUACCCAAAACGAAUUUUGGGUAAUGUAUUUACAAAAGGAUAUUCAUUGGUGAACUAUAUAGCAUUUAAAAUUUACAUGGAAAUUCCAUUUUUGUAUAUUCUGCGAACCAUGUUAGACUGGGUAUGCAUAGACACAACUCUUACAGUAAUGGAAUGGAUAAAAAUGGAAGACAUUUUCCAGUCGGUAUUUAUUGUACGCUGCUAUAGGCAAAUGGAUACAGAUUUUCCCGUUCUAAGAGGAGAACCGAAAGCUUUGUAUUCUAAACUCCUAAUUGGCGGAACAAUUAUAUUAAUUCUCAUUGCCCUGAUAUGGAGUCCACUGUUCCUAUUUGCACUUGUUGGAACUGUUGGUAAGCCUAAUAUACCACGAAAGGCUGAUAUAGCACUAAAAAUAAAUCAUUAUGAACCAAUAUAUGUAUCUCAAAGCAAAUCAGACAUUCUUCAAUUUUCAAACACAGAUUUUCAAAAGUUAACUAAUCGUAUAAUUUUAAACAACUAUGCAUCGGAUUCUAUGAUGCUUUAUGACGCUGUUGAUGUUACCGCUAUUAAGUUUUAUGAAAACUCCAUAUCCCUAUGGAAUAUGCCGCCACCUGAUAAAGAUCGUUUAUUACAUGAUUUGAAAAAUGGUGCAACAUUGGAAAUACAUUUAACUCUUACCUUAAAAUGUAAUCUGACACCAGAAGCUGUAAUCUAUGAAACUAAUUAUACACUAACGGAGAACAAAAUACAUACAAGGGAUAAGCUAAUUAGACUUAUGUCUGCCGAUUUUUCCAAUGAGAAAGUUAUUGUACCAAACAUUUUACCUAAGUUUCUCACUGUGCAAAGACAACAAGCUAAUGCAAAAUUUAUUAAGGACUAUGAUGGUAAAUUUAACCGUCCAAUAAUACUGAAAAAAAAAGAAGCAAAUCAAGUGAACUGGUGGGAAAUGAAUGAUUAUUGCGACGACAGAUUUUAUACGGAUAUUUUGUCGGCAUUACCAUUGAGUAACUGCGAAAAUGGAGUCGUCCUGUACGUGUUUAAUGAUAAAUCGUUUCCGUCUGCUAUGAGUUUUUUAGAAAAAACUGGGAUUAUUGGACUAUAUACAACAUUUGUUUAUUUAGUCUCCAGAAUUAUCCGAUCUAUAAUAUCAAAUAAGCACAGGCGAAUUAUGUUUGAAGAUUUGCCAUAUGUUGAUCGAGUCCUAAAGUUGUGCACAGAUAUAUAUUUAGUUCGUGAAACACAGGAAUAUCGGCUUGAGGAGGAUUUGUAUGGAAAGCUUAUAUUUUUAUAUCGAUCUCCAGAAACACUAAUAAAAUGGACGCGAUUUAAAGAAGAUAUUUCAGAUGCUGGUUCUAGUUCACAGCUAAGUAUUCAACGAACUUAAUCUGUAA